UUCUUUUGUUUCUGUUAUUUAAUCUCACCAAUUGUUACUUUUUAAUUGUUACUGAUUCUUAUUUAAAAGAACCCAUAGUAUAUUUAAAUCAUAUUCUUCAACUGAUUAACUUCUCGCUUGUAACAUUUAUUGCAAGUUAAUUGUUGAUAGAAAUUAUUUUCUAUUUCUAUUUCUCUUUAUCAUUUUAUCUGUUUAUUCAUUUUCAUUUGUUUUUCCUUUUUCUUUCUUUUUUUUUGUUUUCUUUUCUAAUUCUUCAUCAUGGACAAUUUACCUGUGAAAAGAUAUCAAAUCAAUCAGUUAAUUAUGGAUUAUCUAGUUGCUCAAGGAUUUAAAGAAGCUGCAGAAAAAUUUAAACAAGAAGCAGGUCUGAACAUGCAAAGACCUAAAGGAUCAGAAAACGAUGCUGAUUUGGCUGAUUUCAAUAUUCUCUUGGAACAAAGGAUUCAAAUUAGAGAAGCAAUUGAAGAUGGUAAAAUUAAAUAUGCUCUGUGUCUAAUUAAUCAAUAUUACCCUGAGUUAAUUGAUCAAAAUAGGAGCCUCUAUUUCAAACUACAGCAACAACAAUUGAUCGAACUGAUUAGAGAACAGAAAACUGAGGAAGCCUUAACCUUUGCCCAGGAACAGUUGAACGUUGACUCUGAAUAUCUGGAACUUCAUGAACUAGAGCGAACCUUAGCUUUGCUUGCUUUCGAUAAACCAUUGAGCUCACCAUACGCUGAUCUACUUCACAUAGAACAUCGACAACAAUUAGCUCUAGAAGUAAAUAGUAUAAUUCUUCAAGAACAAUCAGGAUCCGCUGAUGUCCAACAACCCAAGAUAAUUACACUUCUUAAACUACUCCAUUGGACCCAAAAUGAAUUAGAGAGAAAGAAACAUAAAUUCCCAAAGAUGAUUGAUUUCUCUUCUGCAGAAGUUAUUGGUGAAAUAUAGUUUAAACAAACAAAAGAAACAACCAAUUCUACUAACAAAUUGCAAAAAAAAUCAGUCAAAACUCCCAAUCAUAAUCAUCCUCCACAACACCAGCAACUUUAAUCAACUCACAAAUUUAAACCCACUUUUAAAGAAAAGAGCAAAAAAGAAAAUAAUUAAUCCAUGAAAACACAAACACCACUAAUCAUUACCAAAAUAAAUCCGCCAAUCACUUUAAACAAAAACCUCAUCAAAUUUAAAUAUCAAACAAACAAAAUUGACUAAUCACAAUAAACAAAUUGCGUCAAAUUCAAAAACCAAAA